CAACAAAGUUCUUAACACGUGGCUUGCUUAGACAGGUCACUCUAACCAGCUAGUUAUUUUGGCUUCUUCAUCCUCUCCAGAGUCGAUAAAAUUCACCACCGGUUUUAGUAAAGCAAUCGAGUGACGGCGGUCAAACAUCACCGGAGCGGCUCACCGGAGAUAUCUCCGGGUUAAUUUGGAUUCUAUCCCUUGUUGAAGUCAUCACCAUGAACCCUGAGAUUCAUCACUCCAAAGUGAUCUCUCAUGUCUUUUUCACCGGCUCUGCCAAGCAAGGCACUCCUGGGCCACCCAUUGGUCUUGCAGACAUUGGUGAGAGCGACAUUGCCUACUUCUUCAGAGUCUCUCUCCCUGGCAUUCACAAAAAUCUAAAUAAGAUUAAAUGCGAUAUUCAGAGGGAGGGGAGAGUAUGCAUACAAGGAGUAGUACCCGAGAUUGCGAUUCCGAGUGACUCGGGAUGCUUGUACAGGAUGCAAGUGCAGCAGCUCUGCCCACCAGGUCCGUUCUCCAUCACGUUUAGCCUUCCGGGACAAGUGGAUCCUCGCUUGUUUUCUCCCAAGUUUAGACCUGAUGGGAUCUUUGAAGUUGUUGUCGUCAAGCUCGGUGUACGCGUCCCUGCUUCAUAGUUUGUUCGGUCUUGAUUCAUUAACUAGGAUAUGUUGUUCAAUGUGCUAUUAAAACAUUUUCACAAUGAUCGCAUUUGUUAAGUUGCUCUUAGGCUGAAAAUGUGGUUAGAUGUGAAGAUGGUACGUACUUAAAGAGUCUCCAGUUCAGAUCGUA